AGAAGAGAAGCCACCACAUCACUUCUUCUAGUUGGAGGAGGAUCUGAUUGAAGAAAAGAGAUACAAAUACCAAAGCAUCAUCUGUCGGGUUGCUUCCCUUCUCACGGUUCUCCAGGAGACACCUGUUCUCUUCUUCAAGCUGUGGACAUUGCUUUGUCAGUUUUUAGUUCACGGAGAAGUAGUUUUGCUUUAGCAGCCAGCUCAAAGAAGGUAGGACUAUGCAGACCAAGGGGCACAUGGUACAGCUAUGCUGUCCGAUGAGACCACCCACCGUAUUCCAUUCAAGGCGAACUUCAGUUCAGAAAGCAUUCAACUUUCUAGAGAGAGUCCCCAACCUAGUGGUUAAUGACAACUCUCCUCUACCAGGAGGUUGUGGGUUCGAAACCCAGAAACAAGAAGUCUCCGAAUCGCUAAGAGUCUUUAGAGAAGCCCUCCCACGUGAGCAGAGGCUUAAGGGUUGGGCUGGGCUGGGCUGCUGGUUCGGUAUUGUUGCUGAUAAUGUAAAAGCUGAAAUCAGAGGCCCCACAGCGGUUGGCAUCUGAAGCGAGAAUUUUUCUGAAUCCGGGCUCUUCUUCCUCUCUCCCAGUCGCCGUAUUUGCCUCAGCGAUGCCGGCGUUUCACGCUGAUCGAGUUCAUUCCUUUCGGUUUGUUUUUCGUUACGCUCUCGAAGAUCCGUAGCUGGGGAAUUUGAUCCCUUUCGUCUUAUCUG